UGGUUGUAGCCCAGUGUGACAAUGGAACUGGGGAGACAGGUAAGGGCGGUGCGCUGACGUCUUCAUUACUGCGGCAACGCGCAGUAAUCAGCACGAGCGAACUUCAAAAUGUCCCUCAAUGUUUGGAAAUAUAUCCUCAUCAUUCUUACCCUUUUCGGUCUCAUCUUCCUCCUGCCCAACAUCACCACUGAGGAGACCUGGAAGUACCACAUAGUGUCAGCAAUUUUCAAGGUCCAAAACCGGCUGCAGGCAACAAACCUCUCUGGAACCCUCCAAACCUUUCGCAACAAUCACACCUUCUGUUCACAUCUGGGCAAGCCACUGUCACAUAAAGAAGAGCUGGAGGAGCGCAAGCUCUUAAACUCCAUCACCUGGCCCCAAGUCCCUUCUGGCUCAGAACCACUCAACCUGUCCCAGACGAGUGACCCGGCACACAGCCUUUUUACAAUCGUCCUCUCCAAAAAAGACCAACGUUGGUACGUGGGUGACCAGCUGGAAGUGCUCGUCCACCUGCACGACUUCCAGGGCCGACCCAAGCGCUACGGCGGCGAUUUUCUGCUGGCUCGGUUGCAUUCCCCGAAAUACAAGGCAGGUGUGGCCGGGCAGGUGCUGGACCACAAGAAUGGACUUUAUUCGGCUAGAUUUCCGCUGCUGUGGGAGGGGUCGGCGCAGGUUGAGGUCAUGAUGGUGCACUCGAGCGAGGCUGUCGCCGUGCUGCGGCGGUUGAGGGAGAAAUUGCCCCAUCGGGUGUUCUUCGUCAGCCUUUUUCGCAGAGGCCUUAUUUCUGAGACAACAGCCUGCGAUACGUGUCUGCCACAAGACCAGGGGCCACUGUGCAACUACACGGACCUUCGCUCCGGCGAGCCGUGGUACUGCUACAAGCCCAAAAAACUCGACUGCGACACCAGACUCGACCACGCCAGGGCAGGCUACCUCAAAAACAUCACCACCAACAGUGAAUCGUUGCUGUUUCAGAGUGGCGUGAACAUCAAAGUUCCCAUCCACGCAAACACAACGAACACCAUCACCGUGCUGCAAUCCAGGAAAGAAAACGGCGGCAAAAAAACGGAUCCUGUGAAGCUGGCGACGUCUGGGUACUACUACCAGGACUCGUGGAGGCCACUGGGCGAUGUCGCCAUGCGCAAGUUUGACACGCCGGCUGCCAUCUCUCAGUGUUUGGCCGAUAAGGUGGUCUACAUGUACGGCGACUCCACCGUGCGCCAGUGGUACGAGUACCUGGUCACUGUGCUUCCAGAAAUGAAGGAAUUCAACCUGCAUACUCCCAAAAAAGCGGGGCCCUUGAUGGCGGUGGACGACAACCACAACAUUGUGCUUAAUUACCGCUGCCACGGCCCACCCAUCAUGUACACCACCAUCAUGGCCAACGAAUUGCGCUACAUCGCAAAUGAGCUUGACGGCCUGACUGGCGGUCCCAACACGGUGGUGGCCAUCAGCAUCUGGGCCCACUUCAGCCCCUUCCCCGGCGAGGUAUACAUACGCCGCCUCCGACAUAUCCGCACGGCAGUGGUCCGACUCUUGGAACGGGCGCCGGGGACGGUGGUGGUAGUUCGCACGGGCAACCCACGGGCCCUGGAUCGAGACGUCAGUCUGAACCACAGCGACUGGUUUACACUGCAGCUGGACAUCAUGCUGCGCGCCAUGUUCAAAGGUCUCAAUGUUAUGCUCUUGGACGCCUGGCAAAUGUGUGUGGCGCACCACAAACCUCACGACGUACACCCUCCGAAGGUCAUUGUUAAAAACAUGGUAAACAUGUUGUUGUCUUAUGCUUGUCGUGAGAGGACCAGGAAGACUGCAUGACUUUUGUAAAUCAAACCAGGGAGAGAGUAAUAAUGAGUGCUGCAUUUGAAGGAGUCCUUCAGAAAAAAAACUAUUUUUUUUUUCUCCAAAAAAGUAGCAAAUUGUGAGAGUAUAGUUAGGUACAGGAUAUAAAUCACAGUUCAGUAAGCCCACAUAUAUAUUGCGGUUCACGGUCCUGCUAUAUUGCACAUUUGGUUUUUUGGGAAGUGUAAUAUUUUUGCUGUCAAUGCUCUUGCGCUCUCUCAAUAUAUUGUGUCCAUAAAUGUGUUUGUAUUGAUUGAAUUGGAGACCUUUAAAAAAAAAAGUGCCAUAAAUACUAUAAAAAAAUAUUUGAAUAGAGGAGGCUAUUUUGAUGUCGCAGAUGACACUUUUUGUUGGUGGUACUUUCAUUCGCUUUCUGAAGGGGCAAAAGGCUUGUUUCUUAUUUAUAUCAGUAAUCAUGCUUCCUGUGGGCAUACCAGCUCUAAUAAGAUGAAGGAAAUUUCACACCGAGUAAGUCAAUUUGGAAGCACAAUGAUUCGAGAUCAUACUUACUCCAAUAUUUAUACUUUAUGAGACAAUUUUGUUUGGUAGUUUGCAAAAUUAAGUCACACAUAAUGAACACAAACGAUGAAAGUAAUUACCUCACCGUGUGGCAUUUACUCAUAACAACAAACGUGAGGGCCUGCAGACAAAAUGAAAGGCAUACUAAUUGCACGAGCCUUAAGAAAUUGCCGGAGUGUCAGUCAAAAAGCAAAAGAACAUUGACAACAUCCGAUUUUGCCUUCCGUCCGAGGUGCAUUCAAGGACUGCCAGCAAAUGAGGUUCUGUGAAAAAAAUGUACACAAGAAAAAGCUCAAUAAACCUGUUUACAUUUGAA